AAUGUCUGCUGAAAUGCGUGUUUUGGACAACAAAUAUUCCAAACAAAAUGAUUUAUCUAAAAUGGAUAAAUCAGAAUUAAUCCAACUCCAUGCUACUUUACAAACUCGUUUAAAUAAAUUAGAAGACACGAAUAUCGACUUGAGAGCACAAUUGUUGAGCGUUACGGAAGAGCGUGAUGCUUUUGAACGUGAAGCACUGACAGGAGCAAACCUCAAACAAAUUCAAGAACAAAUAAAACAAAAAGACUUAAAAAUAGAUGAAAUGAACAAUUUAAUAUUGGCAAAAGAAAGACAAAUAAUUGACUUACAAGAAAUGUGUACUGAACAGGGACAAGUUGCCCAUUCAAAAUCUUUGGCUAUUCACAUUGUUAAUAGAAGAUUACAAGAAUUGGAUGCUAAACAAGUUAAUGAUGUGGCUACUGAAACAACUGAUUUAUUUGAUAUUUCUGGGGCUAAUUCAACACCUGAAAGUUUGCGUAGAAAUCGGUCAAGAAGUCCGCAUAGAUCUUCACCUGGCCGUGCUUUUCCCCAGUUUAGAAUAGGUGGCAACUCUUCACCCCCACCUGUUGAUCCAGCCGAAGACGGAUGUUCUUCUUACACAACCGAAACACAACAAAAUUUGGAUGGAACAUUUAAGAAAAAACGGAAGAAAGUUAAUUUUAAUAUUGACAUAAACAAAAAUGAGGGAAAUGAUUUUUCUCCUCCACAAGUUCAAAGCCCAAUUAAAAAACAACAAAUUCCUUCUUCUGACUAUGAGGAAUUAAUUACUGAAAAUGAUCAUCUUCGACAAAUUAUUAGAGAAAUGGAAGAAGCACUCCAAUUUGCUAAUAAAACAGCCAAACCAGAGUCUAUGACUGUUCUAAAAUUGAAAGCUGUUGCUCAAGCUAAAAUUCGUGAACUUGAAGGGAUGCUUAGUCAAAAGGGGACAAACAAGGAGGAAGAGAUUGCUGAAUUAAAAGCUGUAAUUGAACAAUUAAAAGAUAGCAGGGAAUGGGUUUUGAGUGAAAAUUCAAAACUUCAAGACCAACUAGAAUGUUCAAAACAAAAAUGCAGCGAUUUGGUUGAAGAGAUGGAUUCUAGCCUUAAAACUACCGAUCUUUUUCGAAAAAAACUUGACGACAAUAUUAGAAAGAUGGAUGCCACAAUUGCUGAAUUGUACCAAACACGCGCUCAAGUUAGACAAGUUGUUGAUGAAAAGGCUAUUCUUACUAGUGAAAUUGAGCGAUUAAAAGAAGCAAUUUUUGCACAAGACGAAUUUAUUGGUGUAUUAGAAGGAGAUUUACUUGUUUAUGAAGCUCAUGUUGGUAUUCUGCGUGAUUCUAUUGGUGCUAGCAAAAAAGAGGAUCGUCAAUAUAUUAAAUCGAAGGCUUUUUCUGCAAAAAUAAAUGCAUUGGAAGCAGAAAAAGAAGAAAUUUGUAGGAAAAAUAAUGAAGAAAAACUCCGUGCUAAGGCUUUUGCAGUAAAAAUUCGUUGUUUGGAACAAGAAAGAGAUGAAUUGAAAUUAGCUUUGCGUCAAUAUGAGGGUGGAAGUAGUAAACAUCAACAACAACAUCAACGUUCUUUCUCGGUGGGAAUUCCCAGCAUUAGUCAAGAUAACUUUAAAGAGUACAAUUCUGUUAGUACAAUGACCAUAGACGACGAUUUUAAUAACCAAAAUGAGGACAUCCUACAAUCAGAACAACAACAACAAUUUUAUUAUAAUCAAUUUUUGGAGAAAACAGAAGAAAAUGAAAAUUUAUUGAUUCAAAUUUUUGAGCAAAAACAACAAAAUGAAUUAAUUUUAACGUCUCAAAAUAAAUUUUUGAGUGAUUUGGAGAAGAUAAUAAUUUUUAUUUUAAAGUUAAAUAAUGAUGAUAUUGAAGAGGAAGGAAUUUUUGGAAAUGAAGAGGAAAGAGAUUUGACAAAUAUUGAUGAUAUUUAUUCCAAUUUUUUACAAAAAUCUUUGAAAAUUAAAAAUAUUUUUGAAUCAACUAGAAACGAAUUAAAUGAAGUUCAACAAUACAAUGACACACUUUUUGAUCAGAUUGAGACUUUAAAAGCUGAAAAUGAUUUGUUUAAAUGUAAAUAUGAACAACAGGAAGAGACAAAAUUGAAGAUUGAAUUUGAAUUAAAAUCUUUGUGGCAAAAAUAUACAGAAAAUUUAAAUUUACUUGACAAUAACAAUAAAACAAUUAAAGAAUUUGAAGAAAAAGUAGUUAAUCUUUCAAAUGAAUUGACAUCAAAAAAGAAUGAAAUUUUGGAACUUGAAACAGAAAAUAAAGUUUUGGAAGAAGAAAAGGCUUCAUUAAAACAAAAUAUUAAUUCAAUUGAACAACUUGUUGGUAGUUUAAGAAGAGAAAAUGCAUCAUUACAAAAUAAAAUUGUUGAAUUAAAUGAAAAAUCAGCUUUACUUUCUUCAAAAUUAAAUGAAGAAAAAAGUCGUUUAGAAAAAUUGGUUAAUUUAUUAAAUUCUAUUGUUGAUAAAUUUAAAUCAAAUGUUGUUAAUUUAACUACUUUGGAUGAAUUUAUAAAUGAAGGAAUUGAAAAUUGUAAAAAUGAGGAAGAAAAGGAAUUUAGAGGAGAAGAAAAAGGAGAAGAUUUACAAAAUAAUAAUAUUGUUGUUGAACAACUUGAAAAUGAAAUUGCAAAUUUAAAAAUACAAUUGGCAACAGCUGAAGCUUUAGCUGAAGAUUUAUUAAAUCAAAAAUCUGCAUUAGAAAUAGAAAAGAAUUUAUUAAUUUCUGAACGUAACAAUUUAUUAAAUUUACAAAAUGAAUUGGUUGAAUGUCAAAAUAAAAAUGAAAAACUUUCUCAAGAAUUGAAUAAAUUAAAUAAAAAUGUGAAGGAAAAUAUAAAUUUUGAUGAUUUACAAACACAAACAGAAUUAAUUAAAAUUUGUCAUAAAAAUGUGCAAGUUGAAAAGGAAGAAAAUUUAAUUGAUGCUCAAAUACAAUGUGAUGAAUAUAUUGAGGAUAAUAAAAUUGAAAUGAAAACAAUUGGAGUUGAAACUGAUGGAUUUGUAGAAGAAAAAAUUUUAUUUAAAGAUGUAGCUGUUGGUGAAGAUGAAUGUAUUCAAGAUCGACAAGAAUUUGAAAGAGAUAUGGAUAUAAAUGUGCAACAAUUGAUGGAAUUGAAAAACUCUUUGGAAACUUCAGUAGAAAUUUUGAAAGGAGAAGUUUGGGCUUUAAAUGAAGAAAUUAAAAAGCGUUUUUCUGAACAAAAUGUACUUAAAAAUAGUCUUGAACAAGUUGGAAAUUUGGUUAAACAAUUACGUUCAGAAAAUGAUAAAUUAACUUUCGAAGUGGAAGAACGAAAUGGUGAACUGAUUGAAUUAAAAAUUAAAUUGGAAUAUUAUGAGGAGAAUGAGAAAGUAAUGGAGAAGGAAAAUAUGGUUUGUAAAGAAUUUUUUUUCUAACUCAAUCGAAUAUCAAAACGCUCAAAUACCAAAUCUUCAAAACUGUCGAAAUGCCAAACUACGGAAAAAUAACAAGCACAUGUGUACAUAUUCCAAUUACAGG